AACGUGAGAACAGUUGUGGUUUUCCGAAUGUUUCUGUAUUUUUCGACCGACGGCAACAGUUGUUUGUUUUUUGCGUGCGCGUCAUACCAUCGGAGUUAAUUGCUUAGGAAGGAGUUGUCGUCGUUGGUUGCAUUGUGGUUCUUACCAAGAUCCUGGCGUCGGCACUGGAGGUUCUCAUUUUUCGGGAGUUGGAGAGGAAGAGACCGCCCUCUGAUUGGUUGAUGACGUCCGUGAGGACUGGUGGUUCGAUGGCUUUUUUCCUGUCAUGCUUUUUUUGUUCCUUCACCAGUAGUGUCGUUUUCUUUCUUUCUUCUGCUUCUUCUUUUUCUUCUUCUCGUUCGGUCCUCGGUCGAGAGAAUUGUCCUUGUACAGUUCCCUCUGCCUUUCUCCCUUCUAGAUGUCAGUGCGCAGAACGAUGCAGUGGUGGUGGUUGUCGUUCGUAUGUACCGGUUCCUGCCACCCGUGAAUCAUCAUCCAUCAUUCGCCUAGCUAUCAUCCAUAGGGCUGUGGACGUACCUGCAUGAUGAUGGCGUGGCGCAUAGCUGGCAAUCGCAGAGAACACCGGCGUGUAUGUCGAAAUCGAAGAAAUCCCCAGC